GAAACAACUGAUCAAUCAACUGCCACAGAAAAAUCUUCCUGGCCUCUUGUCGCUAGUUUCCUGCAUCGCGAUGUGUUUUUACGACCUGGUCGUCUGGAAAUGCGGCUAUUGGAGAUGGGGCAAGUUUCGAGAGCGGUGCCACAAAGAGUAUCGCACUGGUGAAACCUGUGGAAUGAGACUUGUGUUCGAGCGCCGAAAUCAACAAACGACUUGCAACCUAUGCAAUCAAAUCACAAAGAAAAACAACACGAUCGAAAGGACAGCCGAAAGGAUGGCAAGGCUUCGGAAAUGGAAUUGCUACGCUAGUGUCGCAAGAUGCGAGGAAGACCUGACGGAGCUUGGAGUCCAUAUUCAGAGGUUGGACGAGCAACAUUUCAGAGACGUGUGCGGUGAAGCCUACUUUGCGUCUCAAGUCCGGAAAUACUUUUGAGCUACAGCUUAGCAUUGGCCGUUCGGCUACCUGUCCACGCGCGAGCUUCCAUUAAUGCUGCUCAUUAACAUGAC